UCUAUAACCUCACUAAUUUUCUGUACAGAAAAGCACAUGAGAAGUCAUUCGAAUAAAAAUAUGAUGAAAUGAAGCCCAUAAUUUGGAAAUUGAUUGAAUUGAAAUAUUGUACUCAAUAUAAUUUUCAGGUAUAAUUGAAAUUACAGCUAGUGUAAAUCCUUAUUCAAACGAAAUAAAAAAACAUUAUCCCAUACUGUUCUGGAACGUAGUCAUAGAGUAAUAUUUCACGUGGUAAUUCUGUUUCUGUGUUCUAAAUGACUGAUAUCAACUUUCACAAAUGUCAAGUAAACAACAGUUCUCAACUAUGCAAGCUUGGUGCUACAUCGUGUUGAAUAGUUUUGUUGUUUUGCUGUGAUUUGUAAAUAAAAAUCAGAAACACAGUUUUUUUGAAUUGAAUAUAGAGUGAAGCGGACAAUGUCCAGUAAAGUACAUGAAAAUGAUCUGUACGGUACAAAUUUUUCAAUUGAAUCUAUCAAAGUUAUAGCAGAAAGUAUAGGAAUAGCUAGUCUUCAAGAUGAAGCUGCAAAAGAAAUGUCAGACGAAAUAUCUUUUCGUUUAAAACAUAUAAUUCAAGACGCAGCCAAAUUUAUGCACCAUGGAAAAAGGAUAAAACUAAUGCCAAGUGAUAUAGAUUCUGCUUUGCGGUCUAAAAACUUGGAGCCACAAUUUGGUUUCAAAAAUCCUGAUUAUACACCAUUCAGAUUUGCCUCUGGUGGUGGUAGGGAACUGCAUUUUUUGGAAGAGGCGGAAGUUGAUUUAAACGACUUGAUUUCUAAUUCUACUCCUAAAGCUCCCUAUGAUGUAACGCUUAGGUCUCACUGGUUGAGUAUUGAUGGUAUACAACCUACUAUACCUGAGAAUCCACCACCAGCCACAAAGAGUAUGCAGAAGUUGGAAUCUGUUGAUCCAAUAAAUAAGAAACCUCUCAAAGAAACUUCGGGUAAACCUACAACAGGAAAGCAAAAGUUGAAAAAUGUAGAAACAGUACAAAUUAAACAACUAGCUACUCACGAGUUGUCAGUUGAACAACAGUUAUAUUAUAAGGAAAUAACUGAAGCUUGUGUUGGUUCAGAUGAAGCCAGAAGGGCGGAAGCCCUUCAGAGUUUAGCUUCAGAUCCUGGACUACAUGAGAUGUUACCAAGAAUGUGUACUUUCAUCAUUGAAGGUGUGAGGGUUAAUGUAGUUCAAAAUAAUCUAGCACUCCUUAUAUAUCUCAUGCGAAUGGUCAAAGCAUUGUUAGACAAUCAAUCAUUGUUUUUAGAAAAAUAUUUGCAUGAAUUAAUUCCUGCAGUGACGACAUGUAUAGUUUCAAAGCAGCUGUGUGUAAGACUUGAGUAUGAUAACCACUGGGCUUUGAGAGAUUUUGCAUCACGACUCAUGGCGCAGAUUUGUAAAAACUUCAACACUAGUACAAACAAUAUCCAAACCAGGAUAACAAGAAUGUUCACUAAUGCCCUGAAUCAGGGCGAUAAAAUGCCAUUGUCUUCCUUAUAUGGUGCCUUGCAGGCAUUGUCUGAAUUAGGACCAGAAGUUGUGAGGAUAUUCAUUCUUCCUAGGGUGAAAAUGAUAGGUGCGCGAUUAGAGCAAUACUCGGAGAGUUCGAUGGCUGCAAAUGUUGAUAAAUUGGCCACUGGACACAUAAAAACACUUAUAGUCAAGGCUCUUGUGCCUGUUUUGAAGAGUAUCAGAUCGGUUCCUGAUUUGAUCGAGGAGUACAAGCAGGAUUAUGGAUAUUUGGGAGGCCUUCUUCACAGUGGCGUAUCCAAAGCCAGAACGCUUCCUAACUCCUCUGCAACAACUACUUCAGUGACAAAUUCCGCAAGUGCCAUAACUUCAAUUGCAAGUUCAGUAGCCAGGCCUAUCUCCGCUGCUACUUCAACUAUAAUACAGCAGAACAUUGGGAACAGGGUUGUGAGUCCCGCAGUAGGUCGAGUAGCAAACCAAGGUAACAACCAGAAGAUAGUCUUUGUUACCCAAAGGCCUGGUCAGGGUCAAGUGCAAAAUCAGCAGUCGCCGGCGACUCAAAAUACACAAGUGAUAAAGCUGGUAUCUGGCAGUAACACUCAGGUUCAACAGAAAUUCGUCAAUUCCCAGCAAAAAAUGGUAUUAGUAGGCAUGCAGAACAGCGGGAAUGUGAAUCAGAGUGGUAUGCUAAGUCCAGGUACACAACAGAAUGUGUCUUUUAUGAUGCCGAAGAACAACACUAUUAAAAUGAACGAUGGGUUUUCCCACUUGGAUGAUUUGUCUCAUAUGGACUAGACAUUGCAAUAUCAAGCAGAACCAAAUCAUAUGACUAGGGACUGGAUAUAAAGUGUUGAAACCAAGGAGAAAAAAUAAAAAUUUGCAAGCUCAAAAGAAGUUUUUUCUACAAAUGGUUGGAAGCACUUAGGGGGAGCGAAUAUUCAUCAUUAAUAAUGUGUUCAUAAAGAUGUUCUGAAGAACUUAGGUGAUACUAAAAAGUUUCCCUCAUUCAUUUCUAGACAUAAUUGACUUUUUUAUAUCGAAAUGAUUUUAGUCAGAGAUAUAAAGUGUACAAAAAAAUUGAUCAGAAAAAUUGUAUUAUAAGUAGAGUAAUGAUCGUGUAAAUAUUACGACUGAAUUUUUGUACAUACAAUUGAGAUGUUUUACCAACAUUUUUGUAUAAUAGAAUAAGAAUCAAAACAAAAAAUAAAUAUAUUUUAAUUCAUUA